UUGUAUGCCGUUUUUAUUGUGGCAGCACUUUUUAUCGCCGAAACGAUCUUUCCGUUAUCAAUUUCGCAAUCGAUAAAAAUCACAUUCUGAUUGGAGCUUUAGCAUCUUCAAAUAUAAACGGACGCAAAAUUGUGGAGUUUUGUAAACUAAAAGCAAAACAAUGGCACUGACACCGAAGGAAUCUGGCGAACAUAUCGUCAAGAACGCGAAAUAUGUACGCGUACUACCGGAAGGCAUCAAAAAACUAACACAGGAAGUACUUGCCGGCAUCUUGGACAAGCGAAUUGAUGUGAGCAACUUCUCGCAACAUGACAUGCAUCCAAAACCCACUGAUGCAUAUGCCGCGGAGUGGAUAUUUCUAGUGGAUACGCUGAAUUUCUGCUUUUGGACGCCCACAAAUUACACAAAAUACAAAGUGAAUGGACAAACUGGUUACUUUGCUCUUUGUGCAGCAGUCAAUCGGGCAAUUGCUGAAGGUGUGGAUAUAACCAAUGCGGAGUUUUAUUCAAAAAUUGAUGCUGAAACGCUACGACACAUAUUUCGCUCGGAUGAUGGUGACACAGCUGUGCCAUUAUUCGAUAAGCGAAUCUCUUGCCUACAUGAAGUGGGUAAUCGUUUGUUAGAGAAAUGGUCAGGAAAGUUUGAAAAUGUGGUACUUGCAGCUAAGAAUUCCGCAAAAGAGCUUCUAACAUUAAUUGUGCAAGAGUUUCCAUGCUUCCGUGACGAAGCAGACUUUGCUGGACAACGCGUGGCAAUCUAUAAGCGUGCACAAAUACUUAUUGGUGAUCUGUGGGCAUGCUAUCGCGGUGUCGGUUUGGGCGCUUUCAAUGAUCUUGAGUGCAUAACAAUGUUUACAGUGAACUAUAUGGUAACUCGAAUGUAUUAUCAUCCACCUUAA